GAAACAACUUCACUAUAAUCGUGAGCUCACCGUUGUGCCCUCUUGUUGCUAGAAGCCCAGUACUGAAGAAGCGCCAUGCUAGAUUCAUUAAGUAUUGUUAAUGUCUGCCAAAACAUUGUCAUUUUUGGAGAAAGUGGCGUCGGGCAAAGCUCCAUCAUCAACCUCUUCGCAGGGCACCAGGUUGCUAGGACCUCUCUGGGCGCACUGAACACGCCAUGAAACGUAUAAUGUCACCAUCAAGGGUGCGCCGUACCGCAUCUAUGAUACUGCCGGGGUCGAUGGCAACCGCAUGGACCCAAGCCCAUUUCUCAAUGUUGUUAUCGACUGACAAGUUGAUAAAAGAGCUAUGGGUCAGCGGAGGAGUCCAUUUGCUGCUGUACUGCAUCAAGACAGGCAGGAUACCACCGACGUUCGUCACCAACUACAGGCUAUUGUGUGAUUUUUUCUUCGAGGAGAAGAUACCAGUUGCGCUCAUCGUUACCCACCUGGAGAAGGAAGACCUCAUGGAUGAUUGGUACGCGCGAAACGAGGGAUCGUUCGACAGUCAUGCAGUCAAGUGUGUUGAUCAUGCUUGUAUCACUGCAGUGGCUAACCUAGAUCCAAAAGGAAGUGAGUGACUUGAUUAUACGGAAUAAGGAUACAGUAGUGGACUGGAAUAGAGGAGAUGGGUGGCUUGGCCGGUUCAUUGGAAAGUUGAAGGACCUCUUAACGGGACGUCCAAGCAAGUCAGACGUUCUUGGGGUCCUCGUGAAGCGCUGCGGGAUGGAGGAUAGCCUAGCAAAAGAUGUGAUCCAAAAACUUCAUAAA